AGGGAUCGUAUGCUCCGUCUCUUCCUUGUGAAUGGCCGCCGCUUCACGCCAAGGUGGUGCCUUUCCUGCUCAUCGUUUCUCCGGGUGAGGCCCGAUUCUUGUGUACCCUGGCAGCCUAGACCUUGUGCUGACCGUUGAGAAAUAACUGUUGAAGAAUCAUGGCAGAUGAUACUGAAGAUUGGGGGGAAGGAGGUGGAGAUGCUGUGUCAGCACCUCCUGCUGUAGCUGCUGAACUUCCUGAGAUCAAACUCUUUGGGAAGUGGAGCACAGAUGAUGUCCAAGUUUCGGACAUGUCUCUUACUGACUUUUCAAGUUUAACAUUAUUUAUUUUGUACUCAUUUCAGGACUACAUUGCUGUGAAGAAGUUUGCCAGGUAUUUGCCUCAUUCAGCUGGGCGUUAUGCAGCCAAAAGGUUUAGGAAAGCACAGUGUCCUGUGGUUGAACGACUUGUCAACAGCCUCAUGAUGCAUGGUCGCAACAAUGGAAAGAAGCUGAUGGCAGUGCGGAUUGUGAAGCAUGCUUUUGAGAUCAUUCACCUGCUUACUGGAGAGAACCCUCUCCAAGUUUUGGUUAAUGCCAUCAUCAACUCAGGACCAAGAGAAGACUCCACUCGCAUUGGUCGUGCAGGAACAGUGCGCAGGCAGGCUGUUGAUGUGUCUCCCUUGCGCCGAGUGAAUCAGGCAAUGUGGCUUUUGUGUACUGGAGCAAGAGAAUCUGCGUUCCGCAACAUCAAAACCAUUGCUGAAUGUCUGGCUGAUGAGCUGAUCAAUGCAGCCAAGGGCUCAUCCAACUCAUAUGCUAUCAAGAAGAAAGAUGAGCUGGAACGUGUUGCUAAAUCCAACCGUUGAACUCCAAGAAAUUUCCAAGAAAUAUACGAACUCAUUGUGGGAAUUUCAUCUGGCCUUA